GAAAAAUAUGUGCCAGGCCGAGGGGCGGGAGGAAGAUCAGGCCGCCUGUCCUGACUUAGAGGGGCGGCCCACUACGGCAGCCAGCACCGGACGGAGGACAAGAGCAGGCGGGCUGCGGGGCUGCUGCAGGCGGGACCGGGGUGCUCUAGCGCGCUGCUCGUCGCUCUCCCCACGACUCCCGCACCGAAGCUCUCUGGCCAAGAGCGCUUUGGACCCACGGCCGCCAUGACGGGCAGCGGUAAGAACCAUGGCUGGUGUGAGACUUCGGGGACUAACAUCUUCCAAACUCUAUCAACGCCGACAAGAGCGCCUGAGUGGCAUAAUGUCACUAUUGAAUGAUGAGAAAGAGAGGGCAGCUGGGAUAUUGGGUAAUAUGUCAGAUGCCCUUGCAAAUGCUGUAUGUGAACGCUGUCGAGCCCGUUUUGAUCCAGCUGAACGUAUUGUAAACAGCAAUGGAGAACUGUAUCAUGAAAACUGCUUUGUCUGUGCUCAGUGCUUUCGCCAGUUUCCAGAUGGCCUCUUCUAUGAUUUUGAAGGGAGAAAAUAUUGUGAGCAUGACUUCCAGAUGCUAUUUGCACCAUGCUGUGGGGAAUGUGGUGAAUUCAUCAUUGGCCGAGUUAUCAAAGCAAUGAAUAACAAUUGGCAUCCCGAAUGUUUUCGUUGUGAACUCUGUGAUGUAGUUCUUGCUGAUUUGGGUUUUGUGAAGAACGCUGGCAGACAUCUCUGUCGGCCUUGCCACAAUCGUGAGAAAGCCAAAGGCUUGGGCAAAUAUAUUUGCCAGAAAUGUCACUUGAUAAUUGAUGAACAGCCUCUUAUGUUCAGGAACGACUCCUACCAUCCAGAUCAUUUCAGCUGCACCCACUGUGGGAAGGAAUUGACCGCUGAUGCCAGGGAGCUGAAAGGAGAGCUCUACUGCCUGCCAUGCCAUGAUAAGAUGGGCAUUCCAAUCUGUGGGGCUUGUCGGCGGCCUAUUGAGGGUCGAGUGGUCAAUGCUCUAGGAAAACAAUGGCACGUUGAGCACUUUGUUUGUGCCAAAUGUGAGAAGCCAUUCCUGGGACACCGGCAUUAUGAGAAAAAGGGUCUGGCUUACUGUGAGACUCAUUACAAUCAGCUCUUUGGAGACGUCUGCUACAACUGCAGCCAUGUGAUUGAGGGGGAUGUGGUAUCUGCUCUCAACAAAGCUUGGUGUGUAAACUGCUUUUCCUGUUCUACCUGCAACAUCAAGCUCACCUUGAAGAAUAAGUUUGUGGAAUUUGAUAUGAAGCCAGUGUGCAAGAAAUGCUAUGAGAAAUUCCCUUUGGAGCUGAAGAAAAGGCUGAAGAAGUUGUCUGAGCUGACCUCCAAGAAAACGCAACCCAAAGCUCUGGAUUUGAAUUCUGCUUAAACAGGUCUCUGCCUCCUUCACACUGCACUCUUCUUCCCCAGUGGCAAUCACCCAAGAAUGGUUAAAGGGCCCAAGACACACAGAACCUCACCAGUUGCAUUUUGUAAUCUGAAUGUUUUCUGCGCAGAGUCUGGCCUUUGGGGAAAAACAACUGUGGAGAUAUAUGAAGAUGCACUAUUUUCCUUUUGUUAUAAAUGUGUUUUUUCAUCUUUCAGUAUUAAAAGCCAGAUUUAUACUAUAUAUGUCACAGUGUUCCAUAAAAUGUUAAAGUAAGGGGUAGAAGUGGGAAAUAGGUUUCAUUGUACCCUUUGUGAACAUUAUCUUAAAAUGGUAAGGGACUAAUAAUUAAGUAGUGAGCUAACAAUUUCAAUUAAGCCAUUAUGACAAUAUGAUAAAUUCCACUGGUUUUAUUAGAUGGCUGUCCAUAUCACUGUAAUGGUGACGCUUAAUAUUUCUGCUGCUGAAACAGAUACUAAUGCUUAAGCUAAACUUCCUGCCUACUAUACAUUUUCUCACACUGUAAACUAGAAACAGCAGAAAAUAAGACCUGAAUGGACCAAAAUAAUUUAGCUAGAAACCUCUACUUUUUGAGAUAUGUCGUCACAGGCAAAUAUAGCUAAAACAGAUAAUUUGGUGGGGGGGAGGUGAGGGAGGAGUUCUCAGAAUUUUAAACUGUUUCUUCCUGCUUAAUAAUGGCAUCAAUGAUUAUUCUGUUAGCAACAAGGUUUUCUGAACAUCGUUUGGUGUAAUCCAUUAUGCUAUACUUUACAAUUUAUCUUCAUUUUAUUAUGAUUCUGCUAAUGCCAUUCCAAAUACCUAUACUGUAUGAUAUAGCAAUACUUUGUCCCCUAAUACUUUGGGUUUUCCAUUUUGAACCUAAAUAGUGUGUUCUUGUACUUGGGUUCCUGUGAUCAGAAUAUGAAAUGGAGCAGAAAGAUUAGUGUAGAGUAAGAUGCUUACUUGACAAUCAUUGAUUUCUCUUCAGUAAUCAUAGUAAAUAUGUAUAUUAUCUCCUACUUGGUUUAUUAUUAGCAAUUGUGUUUGGCACAAGAAAGGUCAUUUUUUUUAUCUGAAAUCAUACUUUUCAGUGUAAUGGAAAAGGAAAAAAUGCACAAGGAAUAGCAUAAUUUUUAUAAUUAAGAGCAGAAAGCACAUUCUCAUUGAAUGAAUCACUUUCAUCAAGACCAGGAUUAUCAAAUGAAGGCCCGCAGUCCGCAUCCGACCUGCGAGGUGCUUAAAUCUGGCCCAUAGGGCCAGCUUGAAAAUAUCAAAGGACUGGCCUGUGGCCCAUUUUCAGCCUUCAUGGUCUCUAGCUGCACUCUAGCGGCCGAAAAUGGGCCGCAUGGAGGCCCCAUGAGGCCUGUUUUUGACCUCCAUGGCCUCCAGCAGCACUCUGCCAGCCUAAAAUGGGCGCACGGCCCGUUUGUAGCUGGCAAAGUGAUGCAGGGAGACUGGAUUGGACUGGAUUACAAUUAUGUGGCCUCAGGUAAGUGCCUGAUCUGGAUAGAAAACAAGCAACAUCCUAUGUUAAUACUAGAGUUUAAUGCCAGAUUUUACAUUCCAUUUAAUCUAAACCAACUAUCUUUAAUUGACAGCGAUUUCUAUUUACUAUCCUGGAAAUUUACUUCUGCUCUUAGAUCUUGUAUUAUCAUGUUAUUCAUGCUAUUGUAUUUUUGUUAUUGAAUAAUAAAAAUACAAUAGUAUAAAUAGCUUUUCUGUUUGGAAAAGCAAUUUACUAUUAAACCAUGGGAUAUAAAUUUAGAAAUAAAAAGUUUAAUGGAGUAUGAAGAAUAAUUAAUAAAUGUUUGCCAGUAAUAUCUGGUAGAAGAGAUAGGAAAAUGGUUAUAGUAAAGGACUGUGGAAAGAAAGAAGAGAAAAGAAAAAAAUGCAUCUUGAGUCUGUGUCAAACCCCCACCAUGGCCAUACCUGCCCCCGGCCACCACCCCCAGCCCUCUGAGGUCAAACACAAUCCUGAUGCGGCCCUCAGUGAAAUUGAGUUUGACACCCCUGAUCAAGAACUUCCCAUGUGAUCUAGUAAGAUACUUGAACUCAGAUGUCUGUGAAAUGCCAUAUCCAUUUAAGCAAAGUAAACAAAGCAUUAUGUUUAUGCUGAUUGUCAGCUUGUUAUAAUGUUGGAACAAUCCUUGCAACAUCCUAGAGAGGUAUAUAAAUACUAUGUUCCAUUUUUGUUACAGCAGCAAAACUGACUGAUUACAUUGCUAAAGAAUAGUGCACAGGCAUAAACCAAAAGUCAAAACACAGAACACCUUGGCACUUAGGUAGUUUAUGUAGUUUAUAUAAAUGAUAUAAAUGAUAAAUCAAUUUAUUGUAGUGAAGUUUUCCUUGGAGGUCAUGUUAGAUAAACACUCUUAACCUCUUACUAAAAUACCUUUAAUCACCAUAAAAUAGACCAGAAGACUGAAGUUGAGUGGGUUUUUUUCACCUUGGUGGUGCUAUCACAGCUUUCAGCUAUUCAUAUCGCCAUCAUAACCAGAAGCAAGUCAAAAGACCCUGUUGCAUUAUCCUACCCUGAAGACAUGAAUUAUACCUAUAGAGCCUGAUUCUUACAAAUACUUACUCAGUAACAUACACACAGAUAUAAACAGGUAGGUGCCAUAAUGGGACAUGUUUCCAGCUCAUGUAAUACAAAUAGUUCUCAACUUGCAAGCACAAUUAAGUCUGGAUUGUAACUCAUUGUAGUCUAAGCAAGGCACCUAUGUGAUCACCUCCCUCAACAAUUGUAAUGCAAGCUCUUUCUGUUACAGUCAAUAAGCGACUGCGGGGUGGCCUCAGGGUGUGGAGGCCCUUUGCCCAUCAGCACAUGGAAAUCUGCUACUGGCUGGGAGAUAACAGCUAGCUAGGACCACCACAUUGCAGCCUGUCCAAGAGCCCCAUUUUCAUAGUCAUUCCCGAAGGAUUCUUCUGCAAAUUGUGCAACUUAGAGAAGGGGUCUAAGUUGCGCAUAGUAAGAACAAUAGCAUUUGCUAGCAUUUUCUCCUCUGGAGAGGAAAAUGCUAGUGAAGCUGGAAUUCUGAAAGGCUCCGAGACUCAGUAUUCUGAAACUUUCAGACUAUUAGCAAAGCUGACUUUCUGAAAGGCUUUGAGCCUGAACGUUUGCUAGUACCGUAUUUUUGCCAGAUUUGAGUUCCAUUCUUCCAGGCCGUGGGAGGAAAAGUCCCUCUGUGCACUGGAAGAAUGGACCUCAAAUCCUCCCAUCUGCAACCUUUCUUGCUGGCUUUCUCCACUGACUUUCUGAGGAAGCAGGCAAAGAAGAUUGCAAAUGCCGAUCACAUGAUCACAGGGCACUUGGCAACUGGUCAUGAAAGUAAACAGAUUGCUAAGUGUGCAAAAUGCAGUCAUGUGACAAGGGUGAAAGUGGUGCAAUUUUUUUUUUACAAGUGCUUGUAAAGCAUUUUACAGGCUCCAGAACAUCUUCCAUUGCCACUGUGACUGAAUGGUUAUUAAACAAAUAGUCAUAAGUCAAAGACUAUCUGUGAUAGCUUCUUCACUGAUCUUAAACAUUUAAACAUAACCAAUACAUGACAGAUUUUGCGGUUAAAUGCAAUCAAACAGGUUCAUAUUAUAUUAUUCAAUAUCUUGAAUGUAGAUGCACUAUACUUGCUUGCACUAUAUUGUUGAAGUAAAAUAUUUUUUUCAUAUUUUAUGUGCACUUCCUUCAUCUAAAUUUAUAAAUGAUUCCUGAAGUUAGCAAAUAACUCUAAUACUGAAUGCACAGUUAUUAACCACUGUAACGUACUAAUUAUCCUGUGGUACUGUUGGCAUUGCUAAAUAUUUUGCAAGAAAUAAUCUUCAGUUAAAAGAAAUUGCAGGCAUUCUGCAGGCAUAUAAAAUAUUGUGACUAGCAGCACAACUUUAUAUAUAAUAUAUAGUAUUCAAAAGUAAGUCUCUUAAACAUAACCUCAACUAUUUAGACAACUCUUUAGCAUGGUAAACCACUUCAAUUUGUGAGAUUUGAUGGAGUGUUUUCAUUUGACAUACUAAUUAUCUUUCAAUGUACAGAUAUAAAAUGUUUUACAAAAUGUGCACUCAUUUUAUAAUAGUUUUACUCUGUAUUUUUCUCUAACAAAAAGGUAAUUCCUGCUGGGUUAAAAUAUUGUAAUUACUUUCUAUAGUUAGAAUAAUAAGCACAGCUAUGUAUCCUUUAAAGAUAACAUUAAAACCUGUUUUACAAGUCACAUUCA